CACGCUCACCUUACGGUAUGCGAUUGGUCGGCGGUCAGUGCCGUCAAAGCGAUCGUGCGGCUUGGGUCAUUGUCGUCACCGCGUCGCCGUCUACACCGCGCCUGCAUACACCACACACGUAAUGGCGUCCGACAACGGUGACUUCGACACGGAUCUAGCCGCAGCACCUGCAAAACGCAUGCGGUAUUCAUUCGCCGACGAAGUCGCCCAAAACUCGCAUUUUGAAGCUUUCGGACAGCGAUUCACAGGGUUUCCAUCUGGAGAUUGUUUCGGUAAGUGCAUUUAAAGCGCAGCGAGCUGAAUUCCGAACGCCUGUUGUCCCGUAUACGGCGCAAACAUGGCGGAUUUUUCCCGUUUACGUGCCGACAUGUUACCGGUGACGACAGGGUGUGCCCCCUCCCACCCUCCUCUCAUCAGUUGUCCCGAUGACGUCAUCAGUUAACUUUCUUUUCCACGAUCACGUUCGUCGCCUAUUCCAAGUUCCCGCGACUUAGUUUCACAAGGCGCACUCCACAGAAUUUAAUCGGCGCCAUACGAGAUAAUAACAACCAUAUUAUCACUAUCAAUUAUUAUUUUCUAAAUUUUAUUAAUUGUUGCACAAUAAUGUUUAAUUUUUGUAUUCUAUCCAUACAUUUUCAGUAUACCUUUGAACCCACCAAAUUUGGUUUGUCAACAACAUUCGACAAACAUAUUUAUUUAAUUUGAUUCCCAAAUGAGAAUUUAAUGUGUUUUUGGCCUAACUUGGUAAUUCUUUUUAUUUUUCAUUCAAUGAUAAUAAUUGGGUUUCAGAUUUUAUAGUAUUAAGAAUUACUAAAAUACCUAUAUGUUAUAAUAAUUUUAAACUUUAACUUAAAGGUCUUUUUGGUCCUUUGAAUAUGCCCUAAAAAAAAAAAUUUUAAAAAAAAUGGAUAUUUGUUUGUUUAUUAUUUUGUACUAAAAUUGUUUAGUAAUUUUAUGUAAAUAAUUAAAGACAUUACUUAAAUGCAACUAUCUAAUCAAAAUAAUCACAUAAUUACUACUAUUUCUACUAUUUUCAUUCAAUUUAGCUGUGGAUUGUGUACAACUAACUUUAUUAAUUUCUAUAAAUUAUUUACUAAGGUAAAAAAAAAAAUUUGAUUUUUAUUUCUUAAUUAUUAAAAAUUUUUUUUUUUUUUACUCGACUAAUAAUUUUUAUUCAAUACAUUUUAAUAGAUACAUUUUAUAAGUUCAUUUUAUACAAUAUAUAAAUUCAGAAUAUAAAUGUUACCAAUAAAAAUAAUUAUUUAAAUAUAAUAAUAUAUGUUGCAUUAUACACUAAUAUUUCUUUGUAAGUUAUGUUUUACAUUGCUAACAACUUUAUUCAUCUGUUCUAAGUUACUCAUUCAUGUAGGAUUUCGUAAUACCUUCUCUUAGGGGUAUCAAAGGUAAAUAGCAGAUUACUAAUGUAGAUAAUAGAUCUAAAUUAAAAGUACAAUAUGAUUUUUCAUUGAAAUUACACCGAUAGUAUAUGCUCCCCUAAAGUAGUUACCUAUCUACACUGUACUUCUUCAGUUUCCUGACAUACACGAACAUCAAAAUAGCUUUAACUUAAGUAACUAGAUCAUUUUGAUUAAUUAUAAAGUAUUAUUAUUUCAUUCAGAAUUUGAACUCUCAAUUUCAAUGCCUAAAUUUUAAAUUCCAAAAUCAACCAAAUAUUUGUUUGAUUAAUUCUAUAGGUACCUACCCAAAGUUUUAAGGUAUUUAACACAUUUUAAUAUGUCAUCAAACAUAUUUAGACACCUCUUUAAAUCCUAUUUGUGAUUGAAUCUUGAAAAAUCCUUUUACUGGUAAUAGUAGUUUUCCUUAUAAUGUAAGGAAUAUCUGUGUAUUGAUAUGUCAAUUAGUUAAUUUCUUCUUUUAUAUAAUAUAAAUUGAUAAAAAAUGUUAAUGUUUAAUUUUAUUAUUUUAGCCAAUAAUUUGUACCAGCCAUCUUAUAAAUCAUUAGACACAUUAUCAGCAGAUUAUUUACAACCAAGUUCACCAACACCAUUAACAAUGUCAUCUAGUCUGCCAGAAUCCCCAGAAGACUCUAGGUAAAACUUAAACAUUCAUUAUUACUAUUAUUAUUAUUAAUUUUAAAAUUUGACUUUCUUAAUUUUUGCAUAAAGUAUAUUUGAUGAAAGUUCAGACACUAAAGAAGAACCUGAAGAUGAUGAUUCGUCAUCUUCAACGUCCAGUUCAGAUUCCAGCACACACUCUGAUAAUGCAGAUUCUGAAAAAGGAGUACCUGGUACUAAGCAAUUUUUAUUUUUUGUAGCAUUAAUAAUUAUUUACUCAAAUAUUAUUGUAGGUUCAAUGAGCUGGGUUCAACGACAAAUUAUGGGUGGCAUAAAUCCAAGGCGUUUAUUACAUCAAGUUUUUGGCGCUUCUGUUCCAUCUCAGUUAGAAGAUAUAACAUUAUGGAAAGUAAGUACCAUUUAAUAAUAUCUUAAAUGUUUAAAAUAUUAAUAAAAUGUAUAAAUAGAUAAUAAUGAACAUGACCGAUGAUUCUCCUGUUCGCAAUCGCUUGCGCAGUGUGAGUUUACUUGAUGAUGUUGUAAGACUAUUAAGAACAAGCUCCCGUAUUAUGGUUCUGACUGGAGCAGGUGUAAGUAAUUAGAAAUGAAUUGUUUAUUGUUUACAUAAAUUUAUGGGUAAUAAUAAAAUAUUUAUUAGGUAUCAGUUUCAUGUGGAAUACCAGAUUUUCGAAGUCAUAACGGAGUAUAUGCUAGACUAGCUACAGAAUUUCCUGAUUUGCCUGAUCCUCAAUCUAUGUUUUGUAUAGAUUAUUUCAAAAAAGACCCUAGGCCUUUUUUUAAAUUUGCCAGGGAAAUUUAUCCAGGACAAUUUAAACCAUCACCAUCUCAUCAGUAUGUUGUGAUUUUUUUAAUAAAUAUGUGUAAUGUUUAUGUAUAUUAUAUCUAAAUAUUAUUUUCUACAUUUAAAUAAUGUGUGUGUGUGUGUGUUAUUUACACAAUUGUUGUGACAAUAUAUAUUUUGUAAGUUUAAUAGAAAAAGUGAGUGUAUAUUAUGACCUCACCUUUUCUCUCAUUGAAUUAAAUAUUUAUUAAUAUGUUAAUAUUUAGACAUUCUGUUCUUUAGUCUAAAAAGUUGCAAGUAAGGAUUAUCAUUUAAAAAUUGCAAGACCUAAGAAGUUUGAUAAUUAUAUUCAAUUUUUAAUGUGUUCUUUUACAAAUACUAAAAUUAUAUACUACAUUUUGCCAUAUUUUUUUUCAGAUUUAUUAAACUUUUGGAAAAGAAUGAGCGACUUUUGCGUAACUACACUCAGAACAUUGACACUCUAGAACAAGUGGUUGGUAUUGAAAACGUUAUUGAAUGUCAUGGUAAGAUAAUUUAUUCAUUUAGUGUGUAAUUAAGAUUAUUUCUAAAAAUGAAUGUAUAAUGUAGGAUCUUUUGCUACUGCAUCUUGUACACAAUGUGGACAUAAAGUAUCAGCAGAAACAAUAAGACCUGAUGUUUUUGAACAAAGGAUUCCACGUUGUCCAAUAUGUGUCAAUAGUACUGGUAAAAUUAAUAGUUUUAAAUAUUUAAUGAAGAACUGAUAACUAUUGGACCAAUUAUUAGGUAUUAUGAAACCGGAUAUUGUAUUUUUUGGGGAAGGUCUCCCAGACAGUUUCCAUAAGGCAAUAGAAGAGGAUAAGAAUAAUUGUGAUUUGUUGAUAGUAAUUGGAUCUUCGUUAAAAGUACGGCCAGUUGCUCGCAUACCUAGUAAGUAUUAUACAAAAUUUUAUCAUACUAAAUCAAAAUGAAAAGAAAUUAAUUACUAAAUGAACAUUUUUUUAUUAGAUAUGUUAAAAAAACAUGUUCCACAAAUAUUAAUAAACCGGGAAAGACUUCCGCACGUGAAUUUUGAUGUAGAACUUCUUGGUGAUAGUGAUGUAAUUGUUGAUCACCUCUGCCGCAUGUAAGUGUCAGAUAUAAAAUGUGUUCAUGUUUUCAGAUAAAACUAAACAUUUCUGCUGAAUAACCUUAUUUGAGUUCGUUUUCAGAAUGUGAUAUGUAGUAUUGAAAUACUCUUAAAAUAAAUUUCAAAUUUUUAACACUAAAUUAUAAAGUCAUAUUUUUUCAAGCCACUUGGUUUAUAUAGCUUUUUUUACAUCUCAAAAAUAACUUGAGAUUCAGCCAUCUACAAGGGGUUUAACUGUGUGUAACUUUAAAAGUAAAGAAAUAAGACUACUAAUUUUUUGAAAAUAAAUUAUUUUUAAAAACUAUAAAAUAACAUACAUAAUGACAUGUUUUACAUUAUAUAAAAAAUCAUUUAUUUUUCAAAAUUGUUUGACAAUAAUAAAAUUAUUAUUUGAUUCUAGUGUCAAAAAUAGAUGUUUCUAUAAAUAAAAUAUUUUAUGUGUGUGUAUGCAUGCUCUGAAACAGUGAUUCUCAACCUUUUUGAGACUAUUACCCAUAAUUCAGGUUAGACAUAACUAAUACCCCUUCCUCAAAAAGAAUUGAGUAAAAAAAAAAAUAUAUAAAUUAUAUUCAUAGUUUAUUGUAAUUUAUCAAACGAGUUUUUAUUUUACAACCAAUGAGUAAUAGUAAUGUUAGUUAAUGAGAUGGUUGAUAUUGCUUAUUUCUAACGAUUUGUUUAAUGUUCGAUUCAGUUUCGGCCACUGCACAUUCUAAGUUCAAUCGGUUUCUUGCUUUUGUUUUCAUUAUUACCAUUGUUGAAAACCCAUUUUCACACUUAUACUUUUUGGACAAAAAGGAUCAGUAUUUUCAAGGCUUUUUCCGAUAAUAAUGGAUACUCGCUACCAAUUUUACCAAAUGUAAAUUUGUUAUAGCAAAAGUAAUUCCAAGAAAUCCAAGAUAAUAAUAAAUACCAUAAAAACUAAAUGGUCUGAAAUAUUAUAUUAUAAAUAUUUUUUGAAGGUAAUAAAAUUAUGUAGGAAAAUAAAUUAAAGGUGGUAUAUUUCUUAAUUAAAAUAAAAUAAUAAUUGAACUCAAACAAACUAUAUUAACUCUCACAAACUCAAUGAAACACACAAAACUUUCGUUUAAAUUUAUUUCACUCAACUGGCCAACCAUGGCGACUCGGUCAAUGACGUGCUGCCAAUCACAUUUUUUUUUAUCAUAUACACAUACUUUUCUGAAACAAAAAGUGGAAAACCAAAAAUGGAUCACAAUAAUCAGCAUCAUUAGAACUAAGGCAAUUCCCAAAACUAUUAACGACAAUUAUAUUAAUACACAUAACUGAUUCAGAGUUAAUAAUAAUAGAUAUAAAGUACAUAAAAUAAAAAAAAAUUAGUUGGCCUUUACCCCUCAAGAAAUCGUGUUUUACCCCUUGGAGGGUAAUUACCCACAGGUUGGGGGUAAUGAAAGUAUUAUAAAAUUGAAAUUUAUCCCUAAUGUGUAUUUCAACUACCUUUUAAAAAUGAAAUUGGAAUCCAAGUUCAUCCAGACAUAAUAUUUUAGAGUUAUCUGAAAACAUGAAAACUGUAUUAUAAUAAUGAAUACAAACUUAAUAUUAAAUUCUUAAAAUAUUUUACAACAGGCUUGGUUCAGAUUGGACUGAAGUGUGUUGGUGCAAAGAAGAGUUAACUGAAACAAAAACUUUAUUUACACCAACAUCGUCGCCAAGGUAAAUUUGUUUUCAACUUAACUUAUUAACAAUUUUAAAUGUGUUUAAUAUAUCUAAAAUAUUAUCAACAGAUCUAAUGCAGUUCCAAUAGAAACUGUAGAAAAUGAAAUGUCAACUGAUUCAACAAGAGAUAGUGCCAACAGUAUGUCGCCUCCACUUGGAGAUGAAAGAUUUACUCCUGGUUCUUCAGGUGAACAGCAACGUCAUUUAUCUACUGAAUCUACAAGAGAUAGUGGAAUUGAUCCAGAUGAUCCUCAAAAAUCUAGUCUUUCUGCUUAUUUACCAUGUAAUAUACCAUAUAAAAUUCUCUUAUUAUUAUUAUUUAAUAAAAUUAUUCUUUCAGCAAAUAAAUUUUUUAUGUUGAAAAAAAGAAGAUACAUGUUUUAUGGCGCAGAAGUGGAUUUAAAUGACAUGAAUGAUGAUAGUGAAACAGAAUCGGACUCAAGUGAAAAGUCAGAAAGUCCUAACUAAAAAUUACACAUUUUAUAUUUAGCUCAAUUGUUACUUAAUAUCUCAGCUAAUAUAAUAACUAUUUUUUUUUUAUUAUUAUUAUUAUUAUUAUGAAGAAUGAACCCUCGGCAACAUGGGCCAUUGGGAGUGGUUUAUUUUUUUGCUUUUAUCCAUUCAACGAUUACUUCCGAACUUGACACAUAGUCAUAUAUAAUAUUGUCUCUUUUUAUCUUGUAUUCCUUUAUGUUUCUCUGUUCUUUGUAAUUAUUUUUAUUAUUUAUAUUAUUAUUUUUUUUUUUUUUUUUUUAAUCAUCCUAAUUUACUAUUCCAUUUUUUAUUGUGUGUAGCCAAAAUCUAUAUGUAAGUAUGUACAAACAUAAUUACACAUUUGUUUAAUAACUAGCGAGUGAAAAUAACCGUCAAUUAUUCAUUAUAUAAGUUAUUUUCUGACAUUGUUUAAUUUCUAGGGCUGUAUUUUUUUUAUCAUUGUUUAAUUUUUAUAAUAAAAUAAAUAAAGCUUAUAUUUAUUAACAUACUAUAAUAAUUUACUUGUGUGUUAGUUAAUAGAUUAAAUAUGUUUAAUAUGGGUUUUAAUUUAAUUAUCAUUGCUAAGUUAGAUAUGAUAUAUUAAGUUGUAAUUUAAUUUUUAAACAUAAAAAAAAAAAAUAUAUAACAUAGAAAUUAUAAUACGCUUACAUUAUUUAUAAUUACUAUUAUUUAACUUAUAAAAAAAAGUUUCAUAUUAUAUAUAUAUAUCAUAAUUAAUAAAUAUUACAAAACAAAUCCUGAUUUAAUAUAUAAUAUAUUAAUGUAUGCAUUUAAAAUUCAUUAGUAGAGUUUAGAAGCAAAAUUUAUUUUUUGUGGCGUAAAAAUGUAUGGUUUUAAGUAUAUGGAAUAUUGAAUAUGUUAUUUAUGUUAUCAUUUUUAUUUAAAUGUCAUAUUAUUUAAUUAUUUUAUAUCACUCAUUUGGUUGUGCUAUACAAUAUGUAACACAAUACACCAUUAAGAAAAACUAGGAAAAUGUGAUGUGUUCAAAAUGUGUUUAAUUUACAUGUUCCUUUACAAGCAUAUUAGCAAUACAUAAUUAUAUUAAGUUGUUAUGUUAUUAGUUUAUUUAAUAUAAUAAUAAUAAUAAUUAUUAUUUUAUUUCCAGAAUAUAAGAUUUAGUUAUACAUUAAUAGUGCCUAAAUGUUAAUGUGAAUUUUUUAAACAAAAUUGGAAUUAAUUAUUUUACAAUACUUUUUGAAAUUUAGAAGUUUUAAGUUGUUAGAUAUACUUUCACCCAAUUUUAAUGUACUAAUAUUUAUAUUAAUGUAUAGUGUUUAGAACCAAAUCUUUUUUUAACACUAUUAGUUGUGAUAAUUUUAUGAUCAUAAAAAAGAAAAAUUCUUUUAAUAUUUAUUUGUAUUAUUACUAAUAAUAUACUAUAUAAAAUACUUUUUUAGUAAAUUCACUCUUUUGUAAUUUUCAUAUUUAAAUUAAAAAUAAUAAACUUGUUUAAAUGUAAAAUUAUGAAUUAUGUUUGAUUUAGAAAAAAAAAUAGGUAGUGGAGCUAUGUCUCAUUGAUAUUGUUAAUAUUUUUUUUUUUUUAAGUAAAUACUUUUUGGUGUGUUUCUGAUGAUCAGAUAUCUAUAAGUUAAAACUCAUAAAGUACCUAACAUUUUUUUUUUAAUUUUAUUACUCAUUUUUUAUUACAAAUACAUAAUAAUGAUGGAAUUAUAAUUAUAUACUUACUUAUAUAAUAGAAAUUAAUAACAUUUUAAAAAUGUAUUAAAGAUACCUUACAUACAUCUACUGCUUUUAGAUUUAAAUGGUUUAAUGAAUUAACCUUUUACCAAACUUAUAGGUAAAAACAUAAUCUGUGCAUCUUAUGCCGGUUUUUUGAUUAUUUUAAUAAUAAUUUACCCCUACCUGCAAAACGACAAACUUAAAAAUGGAAUAUCUCAUCAGUGGGUUGAUGGAAAUUAAACAUUUCAACAUCAAAUGUUCUUAUAUCUUAACUUUAUUUAUUUAAAGAAAUUUUAAU